CCCUCCCCAUCCACUCCCUCCAUCCUCCCCCACAUCACGGCAGCAGCAGCAGCACCAGCAGCAUCCUCAGCUCAGCCUCAGCAGCAGCAUCCACCCUUUUGUAGUUUAGCGCGACUCUUUAGCUGGAUAGUGGCGUAGUCCUGUCCAGCGGCGUUGCUGAGAGCCGGACAGAGUGUCCAAGGUGAUGCCACUGCAGCACCCGCAUCUCGCCACCGCGCCAGCACACCAAGCCUAAAGCCGCUUCCUCUGCGAGGAGGGACAAUAACCGUUCACCCGGAGACAUCAGCCGCACAGGAAGAUGUCUAACGCCGACAUGGUCCUCAACGCCACCGAUCGGGUAGUGAAAUCCGUGCCCUUCCCUCUAAGCCACCGCCUCACCAUGAAGGAGGUGUUCGACUGUGAGGGUAAGCCCCGGGUGGACCUUCUCAAAGCCCACCUAACCAAAGAGGGCCGAGUUGAAGAAGCCGUGGCCCUGCGCGUCAUCAAUGAGGGCGCUGCUAUCUUACGCCAGGAGAAGACCAUGCUGGACAUCGAGGCACCUGUCACAGUGUGUGGGGACAUCCAUGGGCAGUUCUUUGACCUGAUGAAGCUAUUUGAAGUAGGGGGCUCGCCUGCUACAACGCGAUACCUCUUCCUUGGAGACUACGUGGACCGGGGUUAUUUCAGUAUCGAGUGUGUUUUGUACCUUUGGUCGCUGAAAAUCCUCUACCCAAAGACGUUAUUUUUACUGCGAGGAAAUCAUGAAUGUAGACAUUUGACAGAAUAUUUCACCUUCAAACAAGAAUGUAAAAUCAAGUAUUCAGAGCAGGUGUAUGACUCCUGUAUGGAUGCAUUUGACUGCCUUCCCCUGGCUGCUCUCAUGAACCAGCAGUUCCUGUGUGUUCACGGUGGCCUGUCCCCAGAAAUACACACUUUAGAUGACAUAAAGAAGUUGGAUCGGUUUAAGGAGCCCCCAGCAUUCGGACCCAUGUGCGAUCUCCUGUGGUCAGACCCCCUGGAGGACUUUGGCAACGAGAAGAGCCAGGAGUACUUCAGCCAUAACACAGUCAGAGGCUGUUCCUACUUCUACAGUUAUCCAGCGGUAUGUGAGUUCCUACAGAAUAAUAAUUUGCUAUCAGUCAUCCGAGCACAUGAAGCACAAGAUGCAGGAUACCGGAUGUACAGGAAGAGUCAGACCACUGGCUUCCCGUCACUAAUCACCAUCUUUUCUGCACCAAACUACCUUGAUGUUUACAACAACAAAGCGGCUGUCCUGAAGUAUGAGAACAACGUGAUGAACAUUCGACAGUUUAACUGCUCCCCCCACCCCUACUGGCUGCCAAACUUCAUGGACGUCUUCACCUGGUCUCUGCCCUUCGUGGGAGAGAAAGUCACAGAGAUGCUGGUGAAUGUGUUGAGCAUCUGCUCCGAUGAUGAACUAAUGAAUGAUGGAGAUGAGAUCUUUGAUGCCAACGCAGCAGCUGCGCGGAAAGAGGUGAUUAAGAACAAGAUUCGUGCCAUCGGCAAGAUGGCCAAGAUGUUCUCUGUGCUCAGAGAGGAGAGCGAGAACGUGCUGACGCUGAAGGGGCUGACCCCGACUGGCAUGCUGCCCAGUGGUGUGUUGUCCGGGGGCAAGCAAACACUGCAGAGCGCCACCAUUGAAGCCAUCGAAGCCAUCGAGACAGAAGCAAAGGACGGAGAAGCCAUCCGCGGCUUUUCUCCACAGCACAAGAUCAGCAGCUUCGAGGAGGCUAAAGGUCUAGACCGCAUCAACGAGCGCAUGCCUCCCCGUAAGGACGGCGUUAACCACGUUGGUCACUCCAUGGGCAAAAUGAACAUGUCUGAGGCCAAUGGUACUGACGACAACAGCAACAUUCAGUGAUGCAUCAGCCCCCUGCAGUGACCGCAUGCCCAAACCUGUGCCACUGUUGGCAGGAUAUCACCAAAACCUGAAAAUUUAAAGCCUCCUGAUACCAACCAAACUCAAACGACAUAACUAUACGUAUGCAUCCACUACUGCUAUGUCAAAUUAGGGAAGCAAACUAUCCAAUUUCAAAUCUGUCAUGGAUGUGGGUGGAAGGCGGUCACUCUUUUCCGCUGCCAGUUUACCAUAUGCGGGUUUCUUGCUGUUUCGGGCGAGUUCUGCCGCUUUUUGGGUGUGACGAACAGGGUAGGGGGUGGGAUUUGCUCGGGAGGGGGGAGUAAUGUCAGUCAAGGGCUGAAAGUGUCUUUAUCAAUUCCUUUCUGACUCCAUCCAUUCACCAAGUGGGCGGGGACUAGGGAUUUAGAACUCUCUCUUUAGCCUGAUCCAUCGCAGCUCAUCGGUGAGGGUGACCAGUCAGUACCAAUGCCACGCACACAUUUGAAUAUUUUGAUUGAUGAGUUUUCUUCAUGAGCCCAUCUCGUAAUGAAAUGAUCGCACUGUUUGACAUGUUUUGCUACUAGUAUUAAUGAAUAUGAAAUUUGAAAUGACUCAAAAAUGAAACAUUUCUAAGAAAGGACAUUUAAAAAGAAAAA